GGAGCCCAGGAACCGGGGCGCCUUCCCGCAGCAGAUCCCGUCUUGACUCGAGGGUUCGAAGCCAUGGAGCUGGCACAGCCUGCCCUGGCAGCUUGGGGUUUGUUGGGUUCUAAUACGCAGCAGUUAGUUGUCCUCUUUUUGGAGACCAGGCUUUGUUUGCUCUGCGUUCUCCCAUAGAUUUACUAGCGUUUGUGUUUUCUUAUCAUCAAACUGAAACCUCCUGGUUGGAAGAGGAAGUGGGAGAGAGCAGCUUUCGGGAAUGAUGGAGUGCCAGGAUUAGCUGCACCGAGGCCAUGGUUUUCCAAGCCAGCGUGAAUGAAAGAAAGAGUUUCACCCACCCCUUGGGCUGCUCAUUUUCACCCGUGUCAGCACAAGCAUUUGAAUGCAGAACUAGACUGGGAAGCUAAACCAAAUUUAAAUAGGAAAAAAAAAAAUCCAGAUCAGCUCCCAAAUGUUUUCGCUGGCACGAGAGGGCAGGAGCCUGGUGGGAUCGCAGACGAUUCACCCUGCUGAGACAGGAUAUGUGCCUACGUCUCUGUGCAAGCAAUCAGCAGGAACAGCAGUAACGUGCCUGGAUAUUGCUGGCUGAGAGCCGUUAAAGUUAUUUGUCUCCCCUCGUGUCUACUCACAUAGAGCUUACAUAGCCCUUUUCCAAAAUGAUUUCCUCAACUGAAUAUGGGUCUCACACUUGGGAGCUCUUGGUGACAGUUGAUCAUCAGCAUGAAGAGGUACAAAAGGAAUUUGUACUACGGGUCACAGGGGACCUUCAUAUUGGAGGAGUGAUGCUGAAAUUAGUAGAACAAAUCAAAAUACCACAAGAUUGGUCAGACUAUGCUCUUUGGUGGGAGCAAAAAAAAUGUUGGCUUCUGAAAACCCACUGGACACUGGAUAAAUGCGGGGUGCAGGCAGAUGCUAAGCUGUUCUUUACUACUCAGCACAAAAUGCUGCGGCUUCGCUUGCCAAACAUGAAGACUGUGAGACUGAAAGUCAGCUUCUCUUCUGUGGUAUUCAAAGCUGUCAGUGACAUCUGCAAAAUUCUCAAUAUUAGACGGUCAGAAGAACUCUCUUUGUUGAAACAAUCAGAAGAUGCACUCAAAAAGAAAAAGAAAAAAGACAAGAACGGCAAAGAACCAGUUACAGAAGAUAUUUUAAACCUGUGCGACUCUCCAGUGAGUUCUGGAUUAUCAGGAAGUCCAGGUUUAUACAGUAAAACCAUGACACCCACUUAUGAUCCCAUCAGCGGGACGCCAGCUUCUUCUAUGAUUACUUGGUUCAGCGACAGUCCCUUGACUGAGCAGAACUGCAGCAUCCUCGCCUUAAGUCAUCCCAACUGCUCUCCAGAAACACUAGCAGAGAUGUACCAGCCUCGGACUUUAGCUGACAAAGCCAAACUCAAUGCAGGCUGGCUAGAUUCAUCCCGAUCACUUAUGGAACAAGGCAUUCUGGAGGACGAUCAACUUCUUUUACGCUUUAAAUAUUACACUUUCUUUGAUUUGAAUCCAAAAUAUGAUGCAGUGCGAAUUAACCAAAUCUAUGAACAAGCCCGUUGGGCCAUCCUGUUAGAAGAAAUUGACUGCACAGAGGAAGAAAUGCUGAUCUUCGCUGCACUACAGUAUCAGGUAAGCAAGUUGUCGUUAUCAUCAGAGGCACAAGAUUUCACCUGUGAAUCAGAAGUGGAUGAAGUAGAAGCUGCACUUUCUAAUCUGGAAGUGACACUGGAAGGUGGAAACACAAGUAACAUCUUGGAGGACAUCACGGACAUCCCGAAACUUGCUGAUAAUCUCAGGCUAGUUAGGCCCAGGAAGCUGUCGCUCAAAGCUAUCAAGCCAUAUUGGUUUGUUUUUAAAGACACUUCAGUAUCUUAUUUUAAAAACAAGGAAUCCGCACUGGGAGAACCUAUUGAGAAACUAAACCUAAAAGGAUGUGAAGUUGUGCCAGAUGUAAAUGUUGCAGCGAAGAAGUUUGGAAUCAAAUUACUAAUUCCUGUUGCUGAUGGCAUGAAUGAAGUAUAUUUAAGAUGCGAAAACGAGAAUCAAUAUGCUCGGUGGAUGGCUGCUUGCGUUUUAGCCUCAAAAGGCAAAACAAUGGCCGAUAGCUCUUACCAACCUGAGGUCCACAAGAUCCUUUCAUUUCUAAAGAUGAAGAACUGGACCAUGUCUCCCCAGGCUGUCUCUGAUCCAGAAAGCAUAGACAUGAAACCAGAAUGCUUCGUCUCACUACGUUAUACCAAAAAAUACAAGCCCAAGCAGUUGGCUGCUCGUAUUCUGGAAGCCCACCAGAAUGUAUCCCAGAUGACUCUAGUGGAGGCCAAGCUGCGUUUUAUUCAAGCAUGGCAGUCCCUCCCUGAGUUUGGCUUAUCCUACUACAUCGUAAGGUUUAAAGGAAGCAAAAAGGAUGAUGUGCUCGGGGUGUCCUAUAACAGGCUGAUACGAAUAGAUAUAGCCACGGGAGAUCCUAUCACAACAUGGAGGUUCUCCAACAUGAAGCAGUGGAAUGUGAACUGGGAAAUACGCCAGGUUGCAAUCGAGUUUGAUCAGAAUGUAUUUAUCGCUUUCACAUGUCUAAGCGCAGACUGCAAAAUCAUCCAUGAGUACAUUGGGGGCUACAUCUUCUUGUCAACCCGCUCCAAAGACCAGAAUGAAACACUGGAUGAAGAUCUGUUCCAUAAAUUAACUGGAGGUCAGGAAUGAGGCGAGAUAAACUCUCUUCCCUCUGCCGCCUUCUCCCCACAGCUAAGACGACCAGAGAUGAAACAAAAAUAUCUCCGAUUGUUAACUGCUGAGUAAUAAAACUUGUACAUGUCAA